CACACAUACACACACACUCACUCACUCACUCACUCACUAACAGACACCCACAUAUAAAGCCUCACAUAUACUGCAUACACAUUGGAGCACCUGCCUCUUUGCCAGUCUGUGUUUGGAUUCACUUGUGGCAGGCUGGUAGUGCCAAGAUGCCUUCUUGUGUCUGGCACUUGGCUCUGUGUCUAGCAGCUGUAGCAGGAAACAGCUGGGCUGCUAUCAGAGAGGGGCAAGCUGAGAGGAACUGCUCUGCGGUCCCACCGUACCUCCCCAGCACAGUGGUCAAUACCGCACAAAGGCUGAAGGCCCUCAGAGAAGCAAUAGUUUCCUUGGAAAUCAAUGCCUACAUCAUCCCUGGCACUGACGCUCACCUGAGCGAGUACAUUGCACCGCGUGACGCAAGAAUGGCUUUCAUGUCCGGCUUCACGGGCUCCGCAGGCACGGCUGUAGUUACGCCGAACAAGGCCGUGCUGUGGACAGACAGCCGCUACUGGGUUCAAGCUGAGCGACAAAUGGACUGCAAUUGGAUGUUGGAAAAAGAUGUGUCUAUCAGCAGCGUGGCAGACUGGCUACUGUCUGAAGUACCAGAGGGCGGAAUGAUCGGCUUUGAUCCCUUCCUUUUCUCAAUCGAAACUCAGAGGGGCUACAGCAUCAAUCUGACACCAGGCAACCGCAUCCUCAAGUCCAUCCCUGAGAACUUGGUGGACAAAGUGUGGAAGGACAGAGCUCCCAUCCUCCCUGACAACCUCACAGCCCUGCCAGACCGAGUCGUUGAAAGGACCUGGCAGAGGAGGGUGGAAGACAUAAGGUAUCAGAUGGAGGAAAAUCCCUACCAGCCCACAGCCCUUUUACUGUCAGCGCUGGAUGAGACUGCAUACGUUGUUUGUCUUUUUGUUUCAGGGUUAUUUAAUCUCCGUGGUAAUGACAUCCCAUACAAUCCCUUCUUCUACUCCUACACCCUGCUGACAAUGGACGAGAUCUGGCUUUUUGUACACACAGAGAGAGUGACAGAUGAGAUGAGGGUUUACCUCAAUUCCUCUUGCAACCAGACCCUCUGUGUCCAGUUGAACCCCUAUGACAGUGUCCGAGCCUCCCUCAAGGAGUAUGUGGCCAAGUCUGGAAUAAAAGUGUGGAUUGGCACGGAAUACACUAACUAUGCUCUGUAUGAGCUUAUCACCCCACAGGAUAAACUACUGACCAGCGCCUACUCUCCUGUGUUGAUCACCAAAGCAGUGAAAGAUGAGACAGAACAACGAAUCCUGAGGGAUGCUCAUGUGAGGGAUGCGGUUGCGGUCAUGCAGCUUCUAAUGUGGCUGGAGAAGGCUGUUCCUAAGGGACAGGAAACAGAGCUGACUGCAGCACACUUUGUCAACGAGUGUCGCAGGAAACAGAAGGACAACAGAGGCCAAAGCUUUGAGACAAUCUCUGCAAGUGGACCCAAUGCUGCUCUGGCCCAUUAUGGCCCUACAGAUGAAACCAGCAGGAAGUUGACAGUUGAUGAGAUGUACCUGGUUGACUCUGGAGGCCAGUAUCUAGAUGGCACCACCGACAUCACGCGGACAGUUCAUUGGGGAAUGCCCACAGCAAUGCAGAGGGAGGCCUUCACUCGAGUGCUCAUGGGAAACAUUGAGAUAUCUCGAACCAUCUUUCCUUCAGGGACAAGAGGUAUAAACAUGGAGAUGCUGGGCCGCCGGGCAUUAUGGGAGGUGGGCUUGAACUACGGCCACGGUACCGGUCACGGUAUCGGAAACUACUUCGGAGUUCAUGAGUGGCCUGUUGGCUUUCAGGGCAACAAUCUUCCAUUCAUAGCAGGCAUGUUCACCUCUAUAGAGCCAGGAUAUUACAAGGAAAAUGAUUUUGGGAUCCGAAUUGAGGAUAUUGCCGUGACUGUACCUGCUCACACAAAGUAUGGAAAUAACUACUUAACCUUUGAAACUGUGUCCCUGGUUCCAUAUGACAGAAAGCUGAUUGACACCUCUCUCCUUAGCCCGCAACAGCUGCAGUGGCUCAACAACUACUAUGAGACCAUCCGAAAGGUGAUGGGCCCAGAGCUGGAGAGGCAGGGGCUGAAGGAGGAGCAGGAGUGGAUGCACAAAAACACGGAGCCCUUCCAGAGUUCUGGGUCCUCCUCGGUCAUCUCUUCCUUCUCUGUGUUGCUUGCGUCCCUGGCUGGCAUGCUCCUCCAGUACGCCAUGUAAGGGAGGUCGUUCCUUUCCCUCAUCUCUGUCGGUGCGUACUUCAUAUGGCCCCCGACGUGGUUUCCUGUGACCACAAUCAAACACAGCCAGGAUGAGGAAUGCACUGGACUUGUUUUUAUCUGCUUUUGUUGUUUUUCUUGCAAUUUUGAUUAAUAUUUUGGUUUGAUCUUUCAGUUUGAUUGGUAUUUGCUCGCUCUUACUAUGUUGGCCGCUAGCCGAUUAUCUUUUUCUGUAAUUUCAAUGUCUCUGUUUUUGAGGUUUUUAUUGGGAUAUUUGUAUGGUCUCUUGACAGGCUCUUUCAUCAUUUGUCAAUAUAAUAUAAUUUCUAUUUUAUUAAAGUAAUGCU